AUGCUGGAGAAAAACAUCACUCUGGUCAGUGAAUUCAUCCUGGUGGGCUUUCCCACUGCCCCAUGGCUACAGAUUCUGCUCUUCUUCCUCUUCCUUGUUGUCUACCUAUUGGUGAUAGUAGAGAAUCUCAUCAUCAUCACUGUUUGGGUCACCACUUCCCUUCAUAAACCUAUGUACUAUUUCCUAUGUAGUUUGUCCUUCUUAGAGGUUUGGUAUGUAUCUGUUACAGUCCCUAAGAUGUUGGAUGGGUUUCUCUUGCAGAGGCGACACAUUUCCUUCACAGGGUGCAUGACCCAGCUCUACUUUUUUAUCUCACUUGCCUGCACAGAGUGUGUACUCCUAGCUGCCAUGGCCUAUGACCGCUAUGUGGCCAUUUGUCACCCUCUCCAAUAUCCAGUCAUUAUGACUACUGGUUACUGUGUACAGCUGAUGGCUUUCUCAUAUUUCAGUGGUUUUAUGAUAUCUGUCAUCAAGGUCUAUUUUAUUUCUCAUGUUGCCUUUUGUGGCUCCAAUGUCAUGAACCACUUUUUCUGUGACAUCUCACCAAUUCUCAAGCUAGCAUGCAAAGACAUGUCUACAGCUGAGUUAGUGGACUUUGCCUUGGCUAUUGUCAUUCUUGUCUUCCCUCUUAUUACUACUAUUCUUUCCUAUGUCUAUAUUGUCUCCACCAUUCUACGUAUACCCUCCACCCAGGGAAAGAAAAAGGCCUUCUCCACUUGUGCUUCUCAUCUUACUGUAGUCAUCAUUUAUUACACAGCCAUGAUUUUCAUGUAUGUUCGCCCCAGAGCUAUUGCUUCAUUUAAUUCCAACAAACUGAUUUCAGCUGUGUAUGCAGUUCUCACGCCCAUGCUAAAUCCAUUCAUCUACUGCCUGAGGAACCAGGAAGUCAAGAAUGCUAUCAAGAAGACUAUGGGGGUUAAAAGCUGA